AUGGCUGCUCAGGAUCACCCUACACGCUCGGGCAAGCGCAGGAUAACAUAUCAUCCAGCGUACUGGGACCACGUGUUACCUGGAAGCAUACCGAUCCCAUCGCAUUUCUUGAAGAAAGACCACGACAAGAACGACGUCGCAUACUUCGCGUCACCUCAAGUUCUCCGUGACGCGCUUUCGGCGCCAGCGAAAAGCAAAGUCACCAAAAUCUGCAUCCCAGAAUGGAGUCUAUCUUCUGCCCAAGCGCAAUGCCAUAUUCUUGCUGCUCUCACUCAGGCGGCAAUACAGUACCAUAAGCCCUCUUUAUCGUCCAAUAUCCGCACUCUAUUCUCGCCUGCAGUCCUCGAGAUGAGCGCCAUAGAGGCUGGGCUCAAGCUAGAGAGCGCGUUGAUGCUGAUAACUGCAGACAGUGUAUUGGAUGGUCAGUGGGAGGCGCAGAUGGUGCUCAGCACCAAUUUUACGAAGGAUUUGGAUAGUUUCGUCAAGGAUGACGGCAGAAGACUGAUCAAGUUGACGCAGCGUAAGACCUGGCUCGGAGAAUGUGAGGAAACCAUAGUUCCUAUUUACUUAAUCAGCGCACGGUUCAAGCGUUCAAGUAGCAGCCAAACAUUCGGAAAUUUGGAGGACUGUUUUUCUCCUGACGGUGGUCAGGACCCAGUGCAAGAUGGGGUGGAAGAGGGAUAUACAUAUGCAGACGGCGUCGUGCGUAUGGAGGGAAAAAAAAAAAGAGCAGUCGAUCGAGAUCGUUUAUCAGCAUUGCUGUUCACGGUUCGUGCUAAGCGCUCCGUCGGUUCCAGUGUGUUCCUGUCAGGCACUAGACUAGUGGUAGAUCUGAGUCGCAAGGACGGGUUUUUCAGAUUUUCCUGA